AUGGUCGACGAAUGGAUCGUGGAUACUUUUACCACAUUCUUUAUUCAAGCGAAACUCGCCGGACAAGACGUUGCUUUUCCUCAACAUCUGCAGAGAAAGCCGGGACUUCGGUUCAGUACACUGUAUCAGGGAAGGCAAGCCCUCGAACAUAUUCUGCUCCGUAUAAUCGGAGUUGGCGACGCCUCCGAAAUAUUCCUGGACUGUGAAGCUGUCCACAACGAACUGAAUCUCUGGCUCGAGGCUUCUGAAAUUUGUGUCUGCACAUCUACCCUGGUUGACCAGUUUUCCUGGAAGCUUCUGCGCAUAUAUAACACUAUGGCUCUGAUCAUGGUUAAACGUCUACGGCCGGCUAACAGCGAGUUGCAAACCACUAUGGAGAAUCCUUUUCGUUCCAUCUUGAACCAAUGCCAACCACUCUUUGACUUUGUGCGCAAUAACUCGGCUCGAGCCGAUGACGCCUCAGAAGUGAUAGCUGAUAUCGGCUGGAUCCCGCCUAUCUACUACACGGCACUGCAUAGCUGUGAUCAGCGCACAAGAAAAAGGGCCGUUGGUCUGCUGCGUCUUGUCCCGCAUCGUGAGGGUGUCUGGAAUUCUGUUUCAGCUGCGAUGGUAGCGGAAGAACGUCUGCUAGACAAUAAAUGA